AUGGAUCAUUUAGAUGAUCAUGAUGUUGACUCAGUUGAACGGCCGGGACACGAGCAGAACCGAUACAACCAUGCUUCGCAGUCGUGUCGUCCAAAAAUGCAGGAUCGGUCGUUGUUCUCCCUGGCAGGCGACGUGCGAGUACGGCAAGACUUGGAAACUUUGGGGAGCUUGCGUCGUCUGCGAGGACAACGGCCGGAGGGGGAGGCCGUUGAAGCCGAGAUGAUCCAACGGAGCCCGUUCGAAGCUUGGACGCCGGCCUGCCACUCCGGCGCCGUCGUCUUGCAGCAAACCCAGGCCUUCGAUUGCCGUGAAUGA